AUGGCUGGGCUCAAUAUCUCCUUUGGGUAUUUCUUUGCUGUCUUAGCUUUCUGUGAGGUGAUCAGGCGGGUUUCCAAAAACCUUUUGCCACUUCAGAUCUAUUCCAACUUACUGGUGGAGCUGGUCGCCUGCUUCCAGCUGGCUGCCUGCUGGUUUGAGCUCAGGAUGUUGGUGAUUAUUAGUCCCUGGGGGGGUGGGUUUGGAAUGGAUGUGGUUAUGACCCUGCUCUUCCUCCUUUUUCUGAUUCACGAAGCCACGUUUGACGGAGCUGCAGCCAACCCGCUGGUCACCGCUCAGGAAUUGCUUCGUGCCAACUCUCCCAUGGUGGCCAGUGCACUGAAGAUCUUGGCCCAGUUCGGGGGGACGCAGUUGGCUAACACAGUCACAAGACUAUACUGGUCCUGGGAGCUGACUGAUUUCCAUCUUAUCCAGAACAUGAUGGCAGGAGACUGCAGCUCAGCCAUCCAGACAUCUGUCAGCCAAGGGGCCUUUGUUGAAGCAGCUUGUGCCUUCCUUUUCCAUCUGGUUGUGAUGAAGUUUGAGGGAGCAGCUUUUGGAUCCAGGGUCCUGUCCAAAGCCCUAACCAUCACUGCUCUGGUCCACGUAGCUGGCCCAUACACCACAGCUCUGUUUAACCCAGCACUUGCAUUCUCAGCCACAUUUCACUGUUCUGGAAACACAUUUUCAGAAUACAUGGUAGUCUACUGGCUCAGUCCAUUUGUUGCAACAAUUCUGGCCAUCUUUCUGUUCAAUGGAAACAUCCCUCUACUUUUCUCCAAGAACCUUCUCUACACACAAAGAACAAAGUACAAAAUUCCCAAAGGGAAAUCAGCACUGGAUCAGGAAGAGAACAAGGCAGUCAACAGACAAGGAAAGGAGACUUCUGGAAGAGCAACUCAAAGAUGAUCACUGGGACAGAAAAAGAUGAGAGACCGGAGAGGUUUGAUUUGCGGUUGCUGUGGGUAAACUCUGUUUUAUUUAGUCUAAUGAUCUGGAAAGCACUGCCUAAGAGU